CUUUGGAUUCGUCGGCUGCCCCAUCUUAUAAAUUAAUGCUACUACUGAACCACCCGCACACGGCACACUCCUCUCAUUCAUUACCCCGACACACACACAGAGAGGCUGACAUGGCGCAAUCAGCCGACUAUCACAGCCCACAGCCCCCUCUCCACUCGCCGGAGACCCCUCCGCCGCCGGCCGCCACCGCCCACACCAGCUUCCUCUUGGAGAAGGUUCUCACAGACACAAACAUGCCCCGCGCGAAACGUCUCCGGACUGCCACGUGGAUCGAGCUGAACCUCCUCUUCUGGCUGGCGGCCCCGGCCGUGAUGAUGUACAUGAUAAACAACGCCAUGUCACUCACCACCCGGAUAUUCUCCGGCCACCUCGGAAAUCUCGAGUUCGCCGCCGCCUGCCUCGGCAAUCAAGGCAUCCAGCUAUUCGCCUACGGCCUCCUCCUGGGGAUGGGCAGCGCCGUCGAGACGCUGUGCGGGCAGGCGUAUGGCGCGCGGCGGUACGAAAUGCUUGGCGUGUACCUGCAGCGGGCCACGGUGGUGCUCCUCCUCUUCAGCCUCCCGAUUGUGGCCCUCUACCUCCUCUCCCGGCCGCUGCUCCUCCUGAUAGGCGAGGCGGAGCGCGUGGCGGCACUUGCGGCGGUUUUCGUCUACGGCCUGAUCCCGCAGGUGCUAGCGUACGCGUUCAACUUCCCGAUCCAGAAGUUUCUGCAGGCGCAGAGCAUCGUGGGGCCGAGCGCGUUGAUAUCACUCGCGGCGCUGGGGGCCCAUCUGGUGAUGAGCUGGGCCGUGGUUUACAGAUUGGGUAUGGGCCUGCUGGGGGCGUCCCUUGUGCUGAGCCUGUCGUGGUGGGUUAUCGUGACGGCCCAAUUCGUGUACAUCGUGAGGAGCCACAGGUGCAGGGACACGUGGACGGGGUUCAAGUGGGAGGCGCUGACGGGGCUGUGGGGGUUCGUCAAGCUGUCUAUUGCGUCAGCGGUGAUGCUGUGCUUGGAGACGUGGUACUUUCAGGUACUAGUCCUCAUUGCGGGCCUGCUGGAAAACCCUGAGCUCUCCCUCGAUGCGCUUGCCGUCUGCAUGUCAGUGAGCGGGCUAAUGUUCAUGAUCGCAGUCGGAUUCAAUGCCGCUGCUAGUGUGAGAGUGAGCAACGAGAUAGGAGCCGGGCACCCGAAGGCGGCGGCUUUCUCGGUGUUGGUGGUGACGGCGGUUUCUUUCAUAGUGGCGGCAAUUGAGGCGGCAAUCGUGAUGAGUCAGCGCCACGUCAUCAGUUACAUAUUCACAGGUGGCGAGACGGUGGCCCACGCUGUAGCCGAUCUUUGCCCCUUCUUAGCCGUCACACUCAUCCUAAACGGCGUUCAACCGGUGUUGUCAGGAGUGGCUGUGGGCUGCGGAUGGCAAGCAUUUGUGGCGUAUGUAAAUGUGGGUUGUUACUACGUGGUCGGUAUCCCAGUUGGAUGUCUUCUUGGAUUUUAUUUCAACCUUGGAGUCAAGGUGAAGAGGGCCACCAUGAAAAGGUCAGAAGCAAACGCCACAUGUUAACGGGAGUUUGUGUCACUGUCAAUCAGAUUAAUAACCAAAAGCCAUAAAUUUUUCGCAGGUGGAGAAUGCAAAGAAGCGUUUGGACAAGGAAUAGAAAGUGAUUUUGAUCAAAUUUUUUAUCCAAGGCAAACAAAAAAAUAAAACCUAUUUUAAGGCUUCUUGAAUUAGUAAAAUGUUGUUAACGUUCUAAUUUGUACGAGAUUUAUUUGUUUGAAGAAAAGGCAAUUCGAGCUUCGGGUUAUCCAUGGUUCAGCCAUCACUUAAACUGUUAGCAACUUAGCAUUCAUGAAAACCACACUCAGUCUUGAACAUAAACACUUCCAAUUACUAUGGAAAUUUUUCUGCACA